AUGGCCCAAUCAAUCGACAUCUUCAACCUAUAUCCCCUCGUCCUCGACCCCGCCUCAAAAGCCAUCUCCCUCUCCACCAACUCAACCUACACGCCCUCCCAAACAACCGCCGCGAACGCCGAACUCUCCGCCCUAAACACCCUCCACCGCAGCCUCCUCUCCCUCGAAAACACACCUGCCAUCCCUCCACCCCCCCUCCCACUCAACCCCAAGCGCUCCGCCCAAAUCACCAAGCUCCGCGACAGCGCCAACACAGCCUACCGCAAGAACAACCACGCCGAGGCCGUGCGUCUUUACACAUUCGCGCUGGAGAUGGCGAUCGCCCGGCCGGGGUGGGAGCCCGUCGCUGUUGCGAGGGAAGAGCUUUCUGCGCUGUAUGGGAACCGCGCGCAGGCGUACAUGGCGCAGCAGCUUUGGGUUGAGGGGCUUGUUGAUGCGCGGGCUAGCGUUGAGGGGAAGCCAGUCGGUAAUGUUAAGGCUUGGUGGCGCGGCGGCAAGUGUCUUGCGGAGAUGGGGAGGUGGGAAGAGGCCAAGAGCUUUGUCAAUCGGGGACUUGAGCUUGAGGGGAAGAAUAGCGAGGGGGCGAAGGAGUUGGUGCAGUUGCUGGCUGAGGUGGAGGAGGGACUUAAGAGGGAGAGGGGGGGUCAGUAG